AUGGAGUCAGGAGGGGGCUCAUCAACAGCCCAGGCCCCUGUCGCUGCCCUGGGGGAGCCGAACUCUGGGCCUGGCUGUUCCUCCCUGGAGCUCCCGAGGGCAGACCCAGGGAAGCUGCAAGCACUGCCACUUGGGCCUAGAGCCCACAGCAAGGACCCUGACCCCAGGAGCCCUGGCAGCCCAGCUGCUGCAGGGAAUGGCCCCGCAGGCACAGGCCCUCCGGGGGAGCUGAACGGUGCUGCUAAACUCCCCAACCGGGACAGUGGGAUCGACAGUCCAUCCUGCAGCAUGGCUAGUGACCAGUUCCCCUGUGAGGAGGGCAGCGAGGCGGGCCGGGGCCCCGCAGUCCCGGGGCCGCACCUAGACGCAGCCGCAGAAGGCAAGGCCCUGCAGGAGGCGGCCGAUAGCGACGUGGGCGAAGGUAGCGGUGAGGAGCCUGACCCCGAGAACAGCCCCCCGGAGGCCCCUGCAGACCCGGCCAAGUGCUCUGAGCCCCAGAAGCUGCUCCACAUCGCCCAGGAGCUCCUGCACACCGAGGAGACCUACGUGCAGCGGCUGCACCUGCUAGACCAGGUUUUCUGCACCCAGCUGACGGAAGCAGGCAUCCCUUCGGAGGUCACCACAGGCAUCUUCUCCAACAUCUCCUCCAUCUAUCGCUUCCAUGGGCACUUCCUUCUCCCCGAGCUGCAGACACGGAUCACGCAGGAGUGGGACACGAACCCCCGGCUCGGGGACAUCCUGCAGAAGCUGGCCCCGUUCCUCAAGAUGUACGGCGAGUACGUCAAGAACUUUGACCGGGCCGUGGAGCUGGUGAGCACCUGGACCCAGCGCUCACCGGUGUUCAAGGACAUCGUCCACGGCAUCCAGAAGCAGGAGGUGUGUGGGAACCUGACGCUGCAGCACCACAUGCUAGAGCCCGUGCAGAGGGUCCCACGCUACGAGUUGCUGCUCAAGGACUAUCUGAAGAGGCUCCCAGGAGACGCCCCCGACCGGAAGGAUGCAGAAAGGUCCUUGGAGCUCAUCUCCACCGCUGCCAACCACUCCAAUGCCGCCAUUCGGAAAAUGGAGAAAAUGCACAAGCUCCUGGAGGUGUACGAGCGACUGGGUGGGGAGGAGGACAUCGUCAACCCCGCCAACGAGCUGAUCAAGGAGGGCCCCAUCCAGAAGCUGUCGGCCAAGAACGGCACUGCGCAGGACCGCCACCUCUUCCUGUUCAACAGCAUGAUUCUUUACUGUGUGCCCAAACUGCGGCUCAUGGGCCAGAAGUUUAGUGUCCGGGAGAAAAUGGACAUUUCGGGCCUCCAGGUGCAGGAUAUCGUCAAGCCAAAUGCAGCCCACACGUUCAUCAUAACGGGAAGGAGACGGUCCCUGGAGCUGCAGACUCGGACGGAAGAGGAGAAAAAAGAAUGGAUUCAGGUCAUCGAGGCCACCAUCGAGAGGCACAAGCAGAACAGCCAAACCUUCAAGGCCUUCAGUGGCUCCUUCGGCCAGGAUGAGGACCCCUCCCUCGCUCCAGAUUCCCCUGUGGUGGGCACCAGCUUGGAGGAGCCUGUGGUGGCAGCCAGCGGUGGAGGGGGUACUGCAGGGCUCGAGCCCAGGAGAGGGUCCGCUAAGACCAGGCGCGACAAGGAGAAGCAGGGCUGCAGGAGCUGUGGCGAGACUUUCAACUCCAUCACCAAGAGGAAGCAUCGGUGCAAGCUGUGUGGGGCGGUCAUUUGUGGGAAGUGCUCUGAGUUCAAGUCUGAAAAUGGCAGGCAGAGCCGCGUCUGCCGAGAGUGUUUCCUGACGCAGCAGGCAGUACCCGAGAGCCCCAGCCCCGAGGCGGCACCCGAGGAGCCCAAGCACAGCACGGAGAAGCCAGUGGCUGUGGAGCACCAGCCCAGCCUGCUCUGCAGCUCCCUGCACGUGUCGGAUAACGGUGUGGCCUGGAGCGAGGUGUGGGCCACCAUCCCAGCGUCAGACCCCCUGGAGCUGGUGCUACACCUGCAGGGAGACAGCCAGGACAGCUGGCCGCCACGCACCAUCCCCCUCUCUGGCUGCACGGUGAGCAUGUUGGACCCCGUGGAGGGGCCGGACACCAGGCAUGUGUGGCGGCUACAGCAGGCCCAGCGGUGCUUGUACCUGAGCACCCUGUCAGCGGACCUGCGGCAGCAGUGGCUGGACGCCCUGAGCGCGGCUGCCCGCAGGGACCCAGGCCUGGCGGCCCCAUGA